GUUUACUUAUACGCCAAUGAAAUAAAUUGACUCGUAAAAUAUACGUCUUUUCUUUCAAAAUGGCGAGUAGACGUGAUAAAAAAUCCUUCACCAGUGAAGUUAUUGAGAUAGAGAGUCUUCUUUUGAAUCUAAAGCAAAGGACAAAGAGGAAGUUGGCAGACUGUGAUUCAGAUGUGAAUUCACAGGAUUCCUGGAACAAAGAUGCCUUCUUUCAACGAGUUCAAACCUUCUCUAUUACUACAUGGUUUGGAAAACCUUCAGAGCUCUCUCCUCUACAGUGUGCAAAGUAUGGCUGGAUAAACUCGGAGUCAGACAUGCUGCAGUGUGUUGUGUGCCGGGCCGUGAUCUGUGCUGCAUUACCUGUGAACUAUGACCCUAAAGUCUAUCAAAGUUGUGUUAAAAAGUUAACGGACAAACUUACAUCUGCUCAUGAAUAUGCUUGCAAAUGGAGGUCAAACCCAACUCCAGAUUCUCUGAUUCGUGUUCCAACUCACAGUAAAGCAGAGGUUAAAGAAGAAUUCAACAAACGGUUACAGAGUCUGCUGCCAUGUGGAAAUAAACUUCCUUAUAUCAACAUCACAACAAUGGAGACUCAGGGGGUCACAGAUGAAACACUAAUAACUCUUGUACAACACCAGUUGAUUAGUUCUAGUAGGGAGGGGACGGAGGACUUGGAAAUUAUGAAAAGAGCAUCAGCCAUAUCACUUUGUGGAUGGAAAAACAGGUCAGAUGAUGUAGAAGAUAUCUUGUCCUGCGACUUCUGCCGAAGAAACAUCGGGUUGUGGAACUACAAGAGUCCACAUUGGUACCAGACUUAUCAAGAGAGUGAGUGUGACACUGCACAAAAUUCUAGUCCGAGUCUGACGGAACCCGUCAGUCAAAACAAAUAUCAAAAUGGUGUCGGGAAAGGAAAUGUAAAUUCUGGUGAAAACAAAUCACCUGACCAUGUACUCGAGUCGAGUGCUAAUGUGGAUCAGGGACAGAGUGAAUCAAGUGACAAUGGAGCUUCUGCUAAUGAUGGACAAUGUGAAAGGUGUGAAAGUGAUGGGCAAUGUGAAAGGUGUGAAAGUGAUGGAGAUAAAGGAAAUAAUUCAAUCUCAGAGACACAUUCUGGCUCAACAGAGGAAACGACAAAUAUGGACAUUGAUGACAGUGAAUUGACAAAAAAUAAAGAUGUGAAGAGUUCAGAGGACUCUCUAGACAUGUUAGUAGUACAAACCUGUCAUACAUGUGAAAGUGGCAGCAACGAUAAUGCAAGUCCUGCAAGAGAUUCUGAUGAUAGGGACUCAAAUGAAGACAAAACUGCAAGUCCUGCAAGAGAUUCUGAUGGGAGGGAUUCAAAUGAAGACAAAACUGCAAGUCCUGCAAGAGAUUCUGAAGGGAGCGACUCAAAUGAAGACAAAACUGCAAGUCCUGCAAGAGAUUCUGAAGGGAGGGAUUCAAAUGAAGACAAAACUGCAAGUCCUGCAAGAGAUUCUGAUGAUAGGGACUCAAAUGAAGACAAAACUGCAAGUCCUGCAAGAUAUUCUGAUGAUAGGGACUCAAAUGAAGACAAAACUGCAAGUCCUGCAAUAGAUUCUGAUGAUAGGGACUCAAAUGAAGACAAAACUGCAAGUCCUGCAAGAUAUUCUGAUGGGAGGGAUUCAAAUGAAGACAAAACUGCAAGUCCUGCAAGAGAUUCUGAUGGGAGGGACUCAAAUGAAGACAAAACUGCAAGUCCUGCAAGAUAUUCUGAUGGGAGGGACUCAAGUGAAGACAAAACUGCAAGUCCUGCAAGAGAUUCUGAAGGGAGGGAUUUAAAUGAAGACAUAGAGGAUAAAACAAGUCCUGUAAAAGAUUCAGAUGAGAGAGAUUUAAAUGAAAACGGAGAGGAUAUAGCAAGUUAUGUAAGAGAUUCUGAAGGGAGGGAUUCAAAUGAAGACAUAGAAGAUAAAACAAAUCCUGUAAGAGAUUCUGAUAAGAGGGAUUUAAAUGAAGACAAAGAGGAUAUAGCAAGUUCUGUAAGAGAUUCUGAUGAGAGGGAUUUAAAUGAAGACAAAGAGGAUAUAGCAAGUUCUGUAAGAGAUUCUGAUUGGAGAGCAGACAAAGAUGGACAAGAAAAUGAAGACUGUGAUUCCACUGGUGAAACACGGCAAAAAAGCCAAUCAGAGACAGAUACUAAUAGCAUUAAGGGAACAGAGUCUAGUUGUGAACUGGUAAAGUCCAAUGGAUGUUCAGAGGAGACUAAGGGGAAUAUAACAGCAAAUGGUGUUGACACCAAAGGUAAUUUUUGUCCUUUGAGUUUAGAACUUAAUCAUGACCAGAAAGAUUUGCAUACAGAAGAAGAGGACAGUGAAAAUGAGAACACAAUUCCUAAUGGUGAAACAGAAAGCAAGUCGGAGACAGGUACUGAUAGUGAUAAAGACAUGAAAUCUGGUCAUGAUGCAGUCAAGUCCAAUAGUUGUUCGGAAGAGGAAAUGAAUGGGGGUAAUACUAAAGCUGUUGCCACUGAAGAGACAGGUGAAGCUCUGAAAUCACCAGAUAUGCCACCAGGUGCUGAAUCGAUAAAUGGUCCCUCUGAUAUUGGAGAGCUGCCAAGAAAGAGAUUGAAAUUGGAAGAAAAAGACAGUUUUGAUCCUCUGGCAGAGCAUCGAACAUGGUGCCCUUGGUUACAGAAAUCAUGUGACACAAGCCCUUGGAAGCAGUCAAAAAGUGAUGAAUUGUUACCAUGGAAGAAAAUACUAAACAUGGUGUGUCCCCAUCUGAAGGAGAAGAAUCCCCGUGAAAUGUCCCUCAGCUUUCAGUACAAAGAGGUGUCCCCAGUUGUAGCAUUAGAGAGAGUGCGCAGAAUAUUGAAUGACUGGACAGACAUGCAUGAUUAAAAUGGAAAGUUAUCAUUCAAACAGACUGAAUGGGAAAAAAACCCAUGCCAUACUAGUACUUUGAUGAAGCUAAAUUUUGUUGUAUUCCUUGUCUAUCUAGGAGAUGUAUUUCCUUCCCAUCAAAGUAUACAAAUGUUGAAAUUGUUCUGAAUACAUGUAUGUUAAUAAAAUUUGAGGAGAAUUCU